CUUCUUCCUAACCAUUCUUUCACAAUGCCUUUCACUUUCAGUCUCCGCCAAACAAACCUACAUAGUCCACAUGAAGCCUCAGGACAAGCCCCCCUCCUUCCCCACUCACCAUGACUGGUAUACAUCUAGUCUUCAGUCUCUUUCUUCCACUCCGGAUUCUCUUCUUUACACCUACACCGACGCCUACCACGGCUUUGCUGCCUCCCUCGAUCCUGCUCAAGCCCAGGCUCUCCGCCAAUCUGACUCCGUCCUCGGCGUUUAUGAAGACACUCUUUACACUCUCCACACCACUCGCUCCCCUCAGUUUCUUGGUCUCAACACUGAGUUUGGGCUGUGGGAGGGUCAUAGCAAUCAGGAUCUCGACCACGCCUCAUAUGAUGUUAUUAUUGGCGUCCUUGAUACUGGGGUUUGGCCUGAGUCUAAAAGUUUCGACGGUUCGGGGAUGCCUCAAGUUCCAAGUAAAUGGCGCGGUCAGUGUGAAUCGGGCCCUGAUUUUAGUCCUAAACUUUGCAACAAGAAGCUCAUUGGUGCUCGUUUCUUUUCGAAAGGCUACCGCAUGGCUUCCGGUGGUACCUACUUGGGAAAAUCCAAAGAAACGGAGUCUCCUCGUGAUAUUGACGGUCAUGGAACUCACACGGCCAGUACGGCUGCCGGCUCACAAGUUACCAAUGCCAGUCUACUCGGUUACGCCAGCGGGAAAGCGCGUGGAAUGGCCAGUCACGCGCGUGUGGCCACCUACAAGGUUUGCUGGAAAACUGGAUGUUUUGGAUCGGACAUUUUGGCAGGUAUGGAUCGGGCCAUACAAGAUGGUGUGGAUGUUCUAUCGCUCUCUCUGGGUGGUGGAUCUGCUCCUUAUUAUAGAGAUACAAUUGCUAUAGGAGCAUUUACCGCAAUGGAGAAGGGUAUUUUCGUCUCAUGCUCUGCUGGAAACAGUGGACCCACUAAAGCCUCGCUUGCAAACGUAGCCCCGUGGAUCAUGACCGUUGGUGCCGGAACAUUAGACCGUGAUUUUCCUGCUUACGUGUUUCUGGGAGACAAAAGUAAGGCUACCGGUGUUUCUCUUUACAGCGGAAAGGGAAUGGGAAAUAAACCUGUUUCGUUGGUUUACAACGAAGGCUCAAACGGUUCAGCCAACUUGUGCUUGCCCGGUUCACUUCAACCGGAACUCGUACGUGGAAAAAUAGUUAUUUGUGACAGAGGAAUAAACGCACGUGUAGAGAAAGGAGCCGUUGUACGCGACGCUGGUGGAGUUGGAAUGAUAAUGGCAAACACGGCGGCAAGCGGUGAAGAAUUGGUGGCUGACAGUCACUUGCUACCGGCUGUAGCGGUGGGUAGAAAGGUGGGUGACAAGAUCAGGGAGUACGCCAAGUCAGCAAAUCCAACGGCUCUGCUUACAUUUGGUGGGACGGUGUUGAACGUGAGGCCUUCUCCAGUGGUGGCGGCGUUUAGUUCAAGAGGGCCGAAUACGGUGACUCCGCAGAUCUUGAAGCCGGAUUUGAUUGGGCCUGGAGUCAACAUAUUGGCUGCUUGGUCAGAAGCCAAUGGGCCCACUGAGUUGGAGAAGGACACAAGGAGAACACAGUUCAAUAUAAUGUCAGGUACAUCUAUGUCUUGCCCACACAUUAGUGGAGUAGCUGCAUUGCUGAAAGCGGCCCACCCGGAUUGGAGCCCAAGUGCCAUCAAAUCGGCUCUAAUGACUACAGCCUAUGUAGUGGACAAUGCCAAAUCUCCUCUCCAUGAUGCUUCAGAUGGUGGAUUCUCAAACCCAUGGGCUUAUGGCUCGGGCCACGUUGACCCACAAAAAGCCCUCUCUCCGGGCCUUGUUUAUGAUGUUUCAGCUUCAGAGUACAUAGCAUUCUUGUGCUCCUUGAACUACACCACUCAACAUAUCCAAACCAUCAUCAAACGCCCCGUCACCUGUUUGAAGAAAUUCAACGACCCUGGUGACCUUAACUACCCAUCAUUCUCAGUGUUGUUUAGAAACAAGAGGGUGGUUCGAUACACUUGAGAGUUGACGAACGUUGGGCCUGCAAGAUCCUCGUACAAUGUGACGGUAACCGGCCCUGCCACUGUAGGGAUUACAGUUAGGCCCAAAACACUUUUAUUUAGGACUGUAGGGGAGAAGAAGAGAUACACAGUCACCUUUGUGGCAAAGAAAGGUGUUAGUCAGAUGAGUAGUUCUGAAUUUGGUUCAAUUGUGUGGGGAAAUGCUCAACAUCAAGUUAGGAGCCCAGUUUCUUUUUCAUGGACACAAUUAGUGAGCUAAUAAGUUUGGUGUGUUUUAACUUAUUAUUCAGGGUGCAACACCUUCAAUAUUUGCAAAAAAAAAGACCUGAGAAAUGGCAAUAGUGGAAAUGGGAAUGAGGUCGAGAUGGUGCUUGUAAAAUUAAUGGAAUGGAAUGGAAUGACUUGACCAGUUUCUAAAA